AUGUAUGAUGACCCUGUUGAUACUAAACCGAUAGAUAUAACAGAUGAUGAUAUCGGUAAUUAUGAUAAUGUUGUUAAGACUGCUGACAAUAUAGAUGUUUCUAAAGUUGAUGUACAGAUGUUUGAAACUCAGCAAGAACGAGAAGAAAACAAAGAUGACAAGAUAGCAAAAGACAAGUGCUCAACUGAGCAACCGGUGAAUGCACAAUCAACAGAGACUCAGACUACACUAGUCAAUAAUGAUAAAGUUGAUAAGGAAAAGGAAGCACCGGUGAAAGAACAAACUGUUGAAAAUCCACCAUCAGUCAAGGACACUACUAAUGAAGAGAAGACAAAAAAAGAUAAGGAGGAAGAGAAGGAAACAGAGAAGGAGGAAGAGGAGAGGAGAACAAAAGAAAUAAAGUCAACUCCUAAGGUUCCUCCUGAAUCCAAACUAAAGGAAACAAAAGAUGAUGAUGAUGAUGAUGACUCCGCUAGUGGCCGCCUGCCAUGUGGUGGACGUGGGCCUGUCAGUUUUUUUGGAUUCCUACCAGGAAGCAAGGUAGUUGGCAGCUGGCAAACAAGAGCAGUUGGCACAAAGGUAAAGCAGGCUGCUAGAGGCGGAGGCGGUAGUGGCAUGGAGGAAGCCGGGAAGGUUGUCGGGAAGAUGAAGAUGAUGGGGUCAGGGUCAGACCAGAGGCAUCCACGUGGAGCAGCAACCGCGGUGGGAAGCAGCAUGGUCAGGAGGGAGCGCUCGAGUGGAGAGGAGACUGCAACAGCCGGCGGUGGAUGUUAG